AUGAGACCCGACAUCGGCGUAGGCGUGUUUGUCUUCAAUCCCAAGGGCCAAUUCGUCGUUGGCGUGCGAAAAGGCAGCCAUGGCGCCGGAACCCUGGCCCUCCCUGGCGGACAUCUCGAAUUCGGCGAGACUUUUGAGGCUUGCGCGGAGAGAGAAGUCCUGGAAGAAACGGGUCUGAAUAUUCGCGAUUUGCGGUUUCUGACGGCUACGAAUAGCGUCAUGAAGGAUGCGGGGAAGCACUACGUGACGAUCUUUAUGGGGGGUGUCGUCGAUGAUGAUGUGCAGCCGCAGCUCGUCGAGCCGGAAAAAUGCGAAGGGUGGAGCUGGGCGACGUGGGAGGAUAUUAAGGACCAGAGCCAGAGCGGCAAUGGGCCACGACUGUUUCUGCCGCUGUUGGAAUUGCUGCGGAAUAGGCCAUCCGUUGAUCCCAAGGAGCAGUUUGAUAAAGCUUGA